GGUCCGCGUAGCCUUAACCGCUUCAGGCAACGGCUGCUUAUGAGGAAUAACAGCACCAAUGAAGUGGGUACAAGCAACACAUGUGUUUUGGCUAUCAACCAAGACCGGCGUGCUUUGCUAAGGAGCAGGGGGAGCACCUCAGAGCAGAGUUGUUUGAGAUUGAGGCUCAAGCAAAGUCCGACCUCGAGUAUGCCAGAUCACAUGGAGUUAUCAAACCUAGAGAGGCGAGGCCUGGCUGUACUGGAGUUGACUGCCCACAUGAAGGCAACGACGAGGAGAGGAAGGAUCGUGUGCGCAGCUUAGCAGCGGCUGCGCUUGCUGUAGUGGAGCAAGCUAUGGACAAUCCAGAACUCUUUGAAGGAAUAUUUGACCAGGCCAGAGCAGUGCUUUCGGGACUAGGUGUUGAAGGAUAUACUGGAGAAGAAGUACCUCGGAUGAAUGGAAACGGCAACAAUACACCGCAACGUGAGGAAAAUGAUGGGAUCAAUUGGGAGGAUCUAGAGAGGGAGAGCCAGGAACUAGUGGAACUCGAAAACUGUCAGCCAUGCACUGAUGCACAACUGACCAUCGUCGCCCCUGCUGUCAAUGGGUGA